UUUCUUCUUACUGGCGUUGCGACCAAUGGCAAGUUCGCGUCGUGUCGUGCGUGUUUUUAGCAUCGCCGCGCAAAUGUCGUCGUGCAAAUGGUGGUCGCUGAAGUGUUUUGUGUGAUGCGUCCUCGCAAUUAAUUCUGGCGCAAUCUAUAAUCAUAGUAGAGACUGACCGAGAAGAACAACAAUAACGAAUAAAUUAUUGUUUACGAUUUGCGGUCCGCUUAUAGCCGUCAUGGUGAAGCUACUGAAGAAGUUUUUUUCCGGCGACAAGGUGUUCGCCAAAGUUCGAGGUUACCCGCCGUGGCCUGCUAAAGUCGAGAAAGUUACUGAUGCAAAUUCUAAGAACGCAAGAUAUAGCGUUUACUUCUAUGGUACAGGAGAAACAGCUGUUUGUAAAGUAGAAGAACUAUUUACCUAUACUGAAAACAAAGCAAAGUUUUGCAAGCCUAGUCGACGAAAGUUCUUUCAUGAGGGUAUACAACAGCUUGAGCAAGAACUUAAAAAUGAGAGGAGUAAAUCUAUGACAAACAUUGCUAAUAUUAAAGAUGAUGCAUUACCUAAAGAUGAUGCAGCUGAGUUACCAACUGUAAGUGCCACAGAUAGUGACAUGGAAUCUGGUUCUUUAAUAAUAGAUGAAGGAGAAAAGAAGAAACAUCUAAAAAGAAAACCCCUUACAUCCGCCUCCAAUACUCCUGAUACACCAGAAGUGAAAAAGAAACGUGGCAGAGGAAAAGCCUCAAUUGAUGUAUCGAAGCAAGAAGCUUUGGAUUCACAGGGUGAAGAUUCACCUAAAGAAGUCGUUAGUCGCAGUGGUCGUAAGAUCAAGCCGAAACGUUUUGCUGAUUUCUCCAGUUCAGAAGAAACCGAAACCACAGAAAAAAACGAACAUUCGGGACGUGGUCGCAAACCAAAAACUGAUGAUUCCAGUGACCAGUCAAAUGUAAUUCCUAAAAAACGUGCUGCUGUUGAAAAGAAAAGUAAUGCAGGUGAAGGACCAAUACUUGAUACAUUAGUAUCAAGUGGUACAUCUUCUGAUACACCAGGCCGUUUUCUUCUAGCUCGCACAUUCGCUGGGGAGUAUGUGGGCAUCAAAUUGGAUGUGGAUAGACCGAAAUCUUUCGAAAACGAGAAAGCCAGGACAAAUUGGGAUUGGGGAACUGCUAGGAAAGCUAUGAAGCUCAAGGCACAAUUGGAGAGUGGAGAAAUUUUGCCAGAACAAGUCAAGGACUCUUUAGACUUUAAUGUACAUGUGCCAGAAGAUGAAAAACGUGCUUUAAAAGACGGAGCUGUUCAUCGCAAAACUUAUAAAUUAAGAUGGCUCCGCAUAGAAGCUCAACUUCUACAAUUGGACGCUCAAAUAAAAUCUAGCUUGGGAUUGGACCGGGCUAACGCAGAUAAAUGCUUACAGGCGAUGGAUGACAUCUUGGCUCUUUCGAUUGAUCCUCUAAUGCUGAAAAAGCAUCCCCACAUCGUUGAAACUGUGAAAAGGUUGCGGCGGUACAUUGGUAACCUAGCAGAUUGGAAACUAAGCGCGGAAGAAGAGGCUACUUUUAAACAAAAGGCAGAACAGAUUAGACAAAAAGCAGAACAUAUAUAUAACAAGUACAAGGCCAUGUUUACUAUACCUGAGGGGCAAUCAUUUUGGCAAUCUUUCUCGGAUCAAGUGGUGCACUUCAAGGAAUUAACGAAAGAUAUGUCUGAGGAGAAAAUGUUCUCACUGAUGUCUGAUCCUGCUUGCCCAGAUUCUGUUAGACCACAAGAUUCGCCUGCGGAUGACAGCGGUAGUCAACCAGAUACUGAUAUAGUAACUGAAGUAGAACCAGUUGUGGAAUCAGGACGGGAAAUAGAGAGGGAACCCGAAUCAGAACCACAACAGGACAACGAACAAGCGGAAUCUACAUCACAAGCACAAGCGGAAUCGAAAACAGGAUCGCUUAUUGAAACCGAAGACAAAGCACGAAUAGAAGCGGAAGCAGAAGUGCCUAUUCAGAGUGCGAAUACUGAAAACGAGGAAGUUAAUUAACCGAUGUAAUUUUCUUUUGUUUUUUUUUUUCUGACAAAAGGCACAUUUAUUAUUUUAUGUAUCGCCAUGUGAUUAUGGCAAGAAAUACAUUGUCAUUAUGAUUGUCACUUUUAUGGCAUUAAUAAAUCAGGCGCAUUGAAGUACGUAAGCUGAAAUGCACUCGCAGAGUAAUUCGAAA